GAAGGAGGUGUGGAGCAUAAGGAAGAGGCCCUGAAUAGGAAGCCCGGGACUAGGAGAAGCCAUCAUGCGCACCUCUGCUGAAGCCAGGAUGCACACGAGGGUGGUGCUGACAGGCUUUGUGGUCCUGAUGCUGCUCCAGAGCUGCUCUGCAUACAAGCUGGUCUGUUACUACACCAGCUGGUCCCAGUACCGGGAAGGCAAUGGGAGCUGCAUCCCGGAUGACAUCGACCGUUCCCUGUGCACCCACAUCAUCUACAGCUUUGCCAACAUCAGCAACAACAAGAUCAGCACCUGGGAGUGGAAUGACGUGUCACUCUAUGGCUCACUGAAUGCAAUGAAGACCAGAAACCCCAACCUGAAGACCCUCCUGUCUGUUGGAGGAUGGAAAUUUGGCGAGGAAAGAUUUUCCAGGAUCGUCUCCAACACUCAGAGUCGCAAGACUUUCAUCCAGUCCGUGGCCCCGUUCCUGCGGACCUAUGGCUUUGAUGGGCUGGAUCUCGCCUGGCUCUACCCUGGCCCAAAAGACAAGCAGGAUUUCACCACCCUGAUCAAGGAACUGAAGGCAGAAUUCACAAAGGAGGUCCAGCCAGGCACAGAGAGACUCCUGCUCAGCGCAGCUGUGUCCGCAGGAAAGGUGGCCAUUGACAGUGGCUAUAACAUCGCCCAGAUAGCCCAACACCUGGAUUUUAUCAAUCUCAUGACCUACGAUUUCCAUGGAGUCUGGCGCCAAGCCACAGGACAUCACAGCCCCCUCUUCCGAGGCCAGGAGGACACUAAGUCUGACAGAUUCAGCAAUGUGGACUAUGCUGUGGGGUACAUGCUGAGGCUGGGAGCCCCUGCAAGCAAGCUAGUGAUGGGCAUCCCCACCUUUGGGAAGACCUUCACUCUGGCAACUUCUGAGAGUUGGGUGGGAGCUCCAAUCUCAGGGCCAGGAUUACCAGGCCGGUUCACCAAGGAGGAAGGGACCCUCGCCUACUAUGAGAUAUGCGACUUCCUCAGAGGAGCUGAAGUACAUAGAAUCCCUGGCCAGCAGGUUCCCUUUGCUACCAGGGGCAACCAGUGGGUGGGGUAUGAUGACCUGGAGAGUGUCAAAAACAAGGUUAAGUACCUGAAGAACAAGCCCCUGGCAGGGGCCAUGGUGUGGGCACUGGAUUUGGAUGAUUUCCGGGGCUCCUGUUUGCAAAAUGGACGCUUCCCGCUCACCAACGCCAUCAAGGAGGCCCUGGCUGCGGCUUAGCUCCCUCCUUCUUUGCCACGUGAUACCCUCACCCUCUGGCCAGGAGUCUGAUCACUUUGCAAUGCUAAGUCUCCCAACUGGGACUCAGUUUCCCUCCUGUGGAACUUCUGUAGGGAGCCACAGAAGGCUCAGCUAUGGAGACCAGAGAAAUAGGAUAGGACGGUGGGGUUGUGAGAGUCACGGUGUGAGGUAGAUGAUACGCGUUGAGGUCAACCCUGUGAAGGAAUUCAAUUUCUCAGACUCUUACCCUUUCCCCAACUCGCCUGACCAAAGGACGCCAUUUUGGCAAGUUAUAGCAUGAAAUAGGCAAACGUCUUACAGGAUUCAGGGACCAUACUAAUUAUACCCUCUGCAAAGCCGGACUUGAAACCUUCCCUUAGGAACUUAAUCGUCUCUCUGCCCCACUUCCCUUUCCCUAAUUCCACAGCUGUUCAAUAAAGCGCCAGAGCUUAACAGUGA